AUGAAUUUCGUGCCUGUCGGGAGCCGCCAGCGGUUGACGGCAGAGGAGCUGUUGGAGAAAAAACUUUUUCUUUGGUACGAUUUCUUCGCAUGCCCGCAGCUGGAGGCGCGAUCUGACUCUCAAGACAUCAAACCAGAUCUGCAGAACGCAGUGGACAGCAUCCCCUCCUACGUCCAGAUGUCACGGUUUUUCUUUGUGCUGGCACCCGUCAUGGAGCAUGCGGAGAACGGCAAAAUGCUGAGCAAGCACAGCUGGAGAUCUCGCGGCUGGUGUCGCACAGAACGCGUUGCCCGCGAGCUGACUUGCUCCGAUUCCCGAAUGGUCGUCGUGGAAAGCGCAGAGCAUCAGUAUCUCAUGGUUCCGUUCGACGCCUGGCUGCGGCCGGCUGGCGAGGGCCAGUUUACCGUGGCCAGCGACCGCGAGCGAGUCGUCGAGCUUCUGCGCAGCAUGGUGCAGAGGAAGCUCGACUCGCUGCUGAGGCGCAAGGACAUCCACGGAUAUCGUCUCCUGCUCAACAUGCAGCACGUCCAUCUUCAAAUGAGGAUCGGCGAGUGUCGGAAGUGCAGCCCAAGCCCAAGCUCGGACAAGGAGGCGGAGAAAUUGGUGGCAAGCUUCCUGGAGGAGAACCGAUUCAAAGACGUCUCCGACCGCGAACACGGAUGGACUCCGGCUUGUUUCGCUGCUUUGCGCGGGGAUUUGCCGCUGCUCAAGGCGAUACUCCAGCAGGGCGCGAAUGUGAACGAGUGCAUGAAGUCGAAGGAGCUUCAGUUUCACGCCGAGCCGGGAAUGAGCUUGUUGCAUCUUGCAGCGCAGUUUGGGAACAACGAAGCACUCCAACUGCUGAUCCAGGAGAAGGCCGAGCUCAAUAGCCAGGACCAGUUGGGAAUGUCUCCUCUGCAUCGGGCGACUCUCGGGGACAAUGCCGUAGGUGUUCAACUUCUUCUCCAGGCGGGAUCGGACCCGGCCUGCCGCGAGAAGAUCGCCAAGUUCACGGCCAUAGGCCCGGCGGCCGCCUGGGGCUCCCUCCGAGGCAUCCACGCGAUCAUGGAGCACAGCCCCUUGCAGGAGUUCCGGUGGUGCCUGCACGUGGCAGUCCUUGGCGAAGGAUCAUCCGUAGAAAUGGUGACGACCCUGAUUGCAGCGGGAGCGGCUUUGGACGAAACGCUGGAUCUCAGUCUGCCGAGUCUUGCCGGCCCAAAACCUGCCGAGUCUUCCGGCCCAAGACGAUGGAAGUUCUUCCAGGCCGUCCUCAAGCAAGCAUAUGGCCCUUCAAUGAGCUUCAUGAUGGCGAAUGCUGUGGGUGCUACGCCGCCACUUGGUGUAAAACGCCUCACGAACCCCAAGACCAGCAUGCUCUUAUUCAAAGGACCUAAUGCGGGUUCAAAGGUCCUACUUUGCAGUUCUACGUUACUUGAAACCAUGAGUCCUACACCUUGUAACACCCUGAAAAGCAGGGCUUAG